AUGACGCCAGUGAUGUUGGCAGCACGAGGGGACAUAUUGGGAGGUGUGUUUGAGAUUCUAGUCGGAAAAGAUGUAAUAUGUCCCUUCUUGAUAAUAAAGGACCACAACAACAUUCUUCAUAUGGCCUGCUAUGGAGGACAAAUUGCGAUCGUGAAACGUGUUCUCUCGCUUGACAUUGUGGACAUCAACAGUAGGGGUCAUAUUGGGAGCACGUGUGUGAUGGUUGCAGCAGCUAAUGGACAUAGAAAGGUGUUUGACUUAGUAAUGUGUAAAGGAGGUGAUGCUUCACUUGUGGACAAGAGUGGUGACAACAUCCUACAUUGGGUGUGUCGUGGAGGACACGUAGAGAUGGUGAAGUAUGUCAUCUCACUGAACAUUGUCGAUAUCAACAGCAGAGGAUUUAACGGACGGACACCAAUGAUGGUUGCAGCAGCUAAUGGACAUAGCAAGGUGUUUGACUUAGCAAUGAGUAAAGGAGGUGAUGCUUCACUUGCGGACAAGAAUGGUGACAACAUGCUACAUUGUGUGUGUCGUGGAGGAGACGUAGAGAUGGUGAAGUAUGUCAUCUCACUGAACAUUGUCGAUAUCAACAGCAGAGGAUUUAUCGGACGGACACCAAUGAUGGUUGCAGCAGCUAAUGGACUGAACAGUAAAGGGAGGUGUGCUUCACUUGUGGACAAGAUAUGGUGA